CUUCUAUACUCAAGUAUUUCGUGUUGGCUAUACUUGAUUUAGAGUUUACUUAAAUCGUAUAUCCGUAUAUAUAUAUAUGUAUACUGCCGUUUAACUUUUAGCUUUUAGAAGUAUACUUUAGUUCAGUAUCCUUCCACACUGUAGAGAAAAAAAAAUCGUUUUAAUUUCCUAUAUUUUUUUUCACUUUGCGAAAUUAGCCUCCCAAAAAAAUAUAAUUCCUAUACGGGCGUUUCUUUUAAAGAUAAAUAAAUAAAUAGACAUACCGAAUCAUGCCUUGCCACGAGGGAGAAAUUGUCGUUUUUCCGCCCACGUCAGUCACCGAGACAGACAGACAGACAGACACAGACAGCCAAGAUAAAGACGUUGAUCUUGAGACCAGAUUCCCCGAUGGCUCCGUCCGCCUCCGAAACCCCCACGUCAGUCAGAUGGAGCAGGACGUCCUCUACCACCUCGCCCUCGGCUCCGGCUCGCAUGACCUCGUCGAGAUGUUCAGUGACGUCAAGUUCGUGUGCAUGGGAGGGACGCCCAAGAGGAUGGAGGGAUUCGCCUAUUACAUCAUGGAUGAGAUUGGAUACAAGUUGCCCGCUGGAACGACGCUGUUGGAUAUUUCCUAUCAGUCGUAUCGGUAUUCGAUGUUUAAGGUCGGACCGGUCCUCUGCUUCUCCCACGGCAUGGGUAUCCCUUCCGUGGGCAUCCUCCUCCAUGAAGUGAUCAAACUCAUGUACCACGCCAAGUGCAAGGAUCCCAUUUUCUUCCGUCUGGGCACGUGUGGGGGCAUUGGCAUCGAAGGGGGGAACCUCGUUAUUUCUGAAAGUGCGGUCGACGGGCUCAUGCAGCCUUUCCUAGAACUGCCAGUCCUAGGGAAGAUGCAAAGGCGGCCGGCUGUUUUGGACAAGAAAUUGGCAAAUGAACUGAAACAGUUGCGGUAUGACGAUGAUCCAUUCACUGCAACCGUCGGCAAAACCAUGUGCACUUAUGACUUCUAUGAGGGCCAGGGAAGACUGGACGGCGCCUUCUGCGACUACACAGAAACGGACAAGCUAAAUUUCCUGAAGCAAAUCCAUGCACAGAACGUCGUUAACAUGGAAAUGGAAUCCCUGUGUUUUGCUGCCCUGUGCCACCACGCGGGAAUCAAAGGUGCUGUGGUGUGUGUGACUCUGCUGAACCGUCUGCAUGGUGAUCAGGUCGACACCCCAAAGGAAACGCUAAACAAGUGGCAAGAAUACCCACAGGUGCUGGUCGCUCGCUACAUCAAAAAGCAGCUCGGUCUUCCCGUCAACAUUCCCCAGCGAAACCAUCCACAGGUUUAAAACAGGAUGUGUGAGGAAGAAAAAAAAAAAUGCCUUGGUACCCAAAGCCAGGAUCAUAUUAUUGGAGAUGUCAAAGGCACAUCAGUUUCUCAAGGAAUCAUGUGAUACCUGGUAUUGAUAUUUCGCUUGGUAGCUCUUAGCUCUUCAGACCACAGGUUGCUAUUUGGAGAUCAUCAUCUGCAUAUCAGUGACGACAAAUUAUAAAAGUUCUCAGAUUCUCUUCUUAACUACAGUCUCCUUGUGAACUUCUCAGGACAAGCACUUUAUUCUUUUUUUAUAUUCCACGUCCCUUGUAGCUAGCUGUGCAUGCUAAACGCUUAAUUAUUAACCCCAAAAUAGACAACACAGUAGUUUUGAGAAGUAAAUCAAGUAAAUCAAUCAAGUUUUUGAGAAAUGGCUAAAAAUUGAAGUUUAUAAAAGUGGCUUCAGAUUCAAAACCUAACAUGAUGCUUCCAUGUGGUCAGCGUACGUAUCUCAGUGAGCCUACAGUAUGUCUUGAAAAGGCAGGACUCGAAGUUCACACUUUGUACAGAUCUCAUUGAUGGGCAGAGUCCGAAAAAUUGAUAUGAGGAUUAUAAAUCUCUCAUUUGUUAAACUAUUUGUUUGGCCUCUCCUCUUUUUUCCGUUUCCUUCCUCUCUUUCUCUUUCCUUUAGAAAGUAUUCUUAAUUCAAGUUUUACUAGCUAAUAGUAGUGCUUCUGAUUUUACAAAUAAUGCAAAGGCAACUGUAUUACCACCUAAUAUGUGAGGUUUGUCAAAUGAAUGUUUUAUGCACAGACUGUGAUAGUAAAAUGCUAAACUAGGAAAAUCACAAACUCCCUUAAAAUCAUUGCAUUUUCUGAUGGCCAGAUUGCUCAGUAAACCAUUAAAAAUAGUUUACAUACUGGUAUCAGUAAAUGAUUUUAAAAUUCAUCUUCUUGCAAUUAAACCUAUUUCUUCUCACCUAACAAAGUCUGUUUUACUCAAGGUCAUUUACCAUAUAAUCUGUAUAACUGUCUUUAAGAAAAUACCAUCCAGUAAUUAUAAUCUGUAUCAUGACAUACCAAGCAAUUUAUUCUGUGAUCGACAAGUAUGAUAUUUCUAGUGAAGCUGCUGUUUUACGAAUAAUGACACUAUUCAGUAUAAAGACAGUGCCUAGGACAAACCUAUGAAUCCUUUGCUUGUAUUAUGUAUAGUGUGUAUACAGCCAGUACAUGUGAUCAUUUGUAUAUAGCUUAGUAUAGGCUUUUGUGAGUUUCUUUACUAUAUGAUUUUAUUAAGAGAAAUCAACACAAAAAAAGAUAAAAGUAAGUUCGUCAUUCCACACUUUAUAGUAUGUUCUAUUUUUUUAGUUCUAGGCCCUUCUGAUUUUUUUUUUUUUUUCUAGUUUAUUUUAAAGGUCGAUUCAUAUUUGUGAUAUCAAGAAAGUUGUUCUUUUUGUUUAAAUCAUAACUAUAUGAUUUUUUUUUCUUUUUUUUUUUGUGCAUGUCUCAAUAUAUAUGCCCAUGAGUGCAAAUUUUUUAUGUAAUUGUUCUAGUCUGGUGAUAUAUUUUAUUUUUAAUAAAGAUUCUUGGUUCAA